AUCCAUUUUUUUCUGAUCUUUCUAUUUUGUUCUUGUUCUCUUUCUUAAAUUAAAUUAGGGUUCCGUUUCGUCCCCAAUUUCAAUCUCUCUGUAAAUUCGAUACGAAAUGCAACCUGCAACAACGCCACUGAUGGACCCUCAGUACCAGCAGCAACAAUGGAUGAUGAUGAAUCAACAACCACCGGUGCAACAAAUGUAUAAUUAUAGCCAGCAACCACCACCGGCUGCCACAAUUCCUCAACACUACACAUCACCCUUAUCAGCUUCGAUUGGUGGUGCGACUCCUCAACCGGCAACCGCCGAUGAGAUCCGUACUCUAUGGAUCGGAGAUUUGCAGUAUUGGAUGGAUGAACAGUAUCUCCUUAGCUGUUUUGCUCAGACCGGAGAGGUGGUUUCUGCAAAAGUCAUACGUAACAAGCAAUCUGGUCAAUCUGAGGGUUAUGGUUUCAUUGAGUUUGUUAACCGAGCAGCUGCAGAAAGGCAUCUACAGGCAUAUAAUGGUACUUUGAUGCCCAAUGUUGAGCAGCUCUUUAGGUUGAACUGGGCUUCCUUUGGUGCUGGUGAAAGAAAACAAGAUGACACACCCGAUUACACUAUAUUUGUGGGGGAUUUGGCAGCUGAUGUUACGGACUAUACCUUGCUGGAGACGUUUAGGGCGCAUUAUCCUUCUGUUAAGGGUGCUAAGGUUGUGACUGAUAGGCUAACAGGACGCACAAAAGGUUAUGGUUUUGUGAAAUUUGGAGAUGAGAGUGAGCAAUUACGUGCUAUGACUGAAAUGAAUGGAAGAUUAUGCUCAACCAGACCAAUGCGGAUUGGACCAGCUGCUAACAAAAAGAACGUGGGCAGUCAACAAUAUCCAAACGCUUCCUACCCGAAUACUCAAGCAACACAGAAUGACGAUGAUCCAAAUAAUACAACUAUAUUUGUUGGUGGGUUGGAUCCUAAUGUUAGCGACGAACAUCUUAAGCAGGUGUUCAGCCAAUACGGACAGAUAGUCCAUGUGAAGAUCCCUGUGGGCAAGCGGUGUGGGUUUGUUCAAUUCGCUGAUAGAAGCUGUGCGGAGGAAGCAUUAAGAACGUUACAAGGAACUCAGUUUGGUGGACAAACUGUGAGACUUUCAUGGGGCCGUAGUCCUUCCAAUAAGCAGCCUCAGGUAGAACAAAGCCAGUACAAUGGUGGAUACUAUGGGUAUGAAACAUAUGGAUAUGCUGCACCAGUUGCUCAAGAUCCUAGUAUGUAUUACGGAGGCUACGCAGCGGGAUAUGGUGGCUAUACACAGCCCCAACAGCAGCUACAAUCGCAGCAACCACAGCCAUAGUGAGUGAUAUGGCAUUGCAUGGAGGGCUGAGCUGUACCGGAUCCUGCACAUGAAGACUUUUUAAAAUUAUUUAGUAAAUUAUGUGCUGCUUUUAAAGUUAUUUGUGGUUUAUUCUGAUUUUUUUUUUUGUAUUCUGCUGAUGCUACUUGCUAUGUUAUGUUGCCAUUUGGCUCUAUUUAAAUGUUUCACCGGUUGUGUGUGUGUGUUUUGACUCGUGAAAUAAUUUGUUACUUUCA